GUCUUUUCUAAGUAACCAUAACUAAAAUUUGCUUGCUAUAUUAGGCCUUGAAUUUCUCUGUUUUGAGGGCACCGCAAAACAUGAAGACCAUAUGGGUUUUUCUUUUUGCACUUUUGUGCUAUCAAGCAGAAUCGGCUGGAUUCAAUGGGCUUGGUCAGACGCCUCAAAUGGGGUGGAAUAAUUUUAAUCAUUUCCCUGUUGGGAUUCAUGAACAGAUUAUUCGUGAAACAGCUGAUGCAAUUAUCACCACUGGAUUAUCCAAGCUGGGAUAUGUGUAUGUGAAUAUAGAUGACCGCUGGGCCAACCUGGACAGAGACUCUCAGGGUAAUCUUGUUGCCAACUCUACUACAUUUCCUUCUGGCAUAAAGGCACUGGCAGAUUAUGUUCAUUCCAAGGGACUUAAGAUUGGAAUAUAUUCAGAUGCUGGAAACCAAACAUGUGCCAAAACUCAGCCAGGCUCUCUUGGGUAUGAAGAGCAAGAUGCCAACAUUUUUGCAUCAUGGGGAAUAGACUAUUUGAAAUAUGACAAUUGUCAUAAUGAGGGAGUAGAUACUAAACAGAGGUACACAAAAAUGAGCAAAGCACUCAACAAGACAGGCCGCUCUAUUUUCUAUUCAUUAUGUGAAUGGGGCCAAGAAGACCCUGCAACUUGGGGUCCUAAGAUUGCAAAUAGCUGGAGAACUACAGGAGAUAUACAUGACGACUGGCACAGAAUGACAUCUACAGCUGACAAGAAUGAUAAGUGGGCUUCUUAUGCAGGCCCUGGUGGAUGGAAUGAUCCUGACAUGUUAGAGGUUGGGAAUGGAAAGAUGAGCACAGAGGAAUAUCGAUCCCAUUUUAGCAUAUGGGCUUUAAUGAAGGCACCCUUGCUUCUUGGUUGUGACAUAAGGUCUAUGAGCCCUGAAACUGUAGAGAUUAUAACCAAUGAGGAGGUCAUUCAGGUUAACCAAGAUUCUUUAGGUGUACAGGGAAAGAAAGUGAGCAAGAAAGGGAAACUCGAGGUAUGGGCUGGGCCAUUGUCAAAUAAGAGAUAUACUUUUAUUUUAUGGAAUAGAAGUCCUGAAAGUGCUUCUAUAACUGCCAAAUGGAAAGAUAUUGGUCCCUCUGAUGAUAGUGUUUUUAAGGCUAGAGACUUAUGGAAUCAUUCAGAUCUUCAAGACACAUUCCAAGGUAGUCUAACAUCAACAGUCGAUUCACAUGCUUGCAAAAUGUAUAUUUUAACACCAUCAUCUAGCUAAGGCUUCCAUUGAAAUGCUUUGGAGUACUAAAGCAUAGAAUAAUUGUGAUGUCACAUCACAUCAUUGACUUGUAUGAUUUGAUCCAAUGUUGUUAUUUAGUAAUAUGUAAGUUAAUGUUGUUUACAUAAUUGAAUAUUUAUGUAAGUUAAUGUUUAGAAGAA